GACACAUGCGAUAUGCAAAGUCUAGAACCUCGAAUACUGAUUCGAAAAAGACUGGCAAUUCCAUAAAUCUACAGUAUAUUUUAAUCCGCAACUCAUGAAUGACUACAUUUAAUACGAAUUACAAACAUUCCCUAACGCCAAAAUGGCAGCUACGAUUCCCCUCUCCACUACAACAUGCUUGACCUCCUCAGAAGCUUUCAAAUAUCCUCUUCCACAGAUUCGUCAAUUCCACCGCGAUCUCACUACAGAGCUUGACGAGAAAAAUGCACGUCUGCGGACACUGGUCGGAGGGAGUUAUAGACAAUUACUUGGAACCGCCGAGCAAAUCUUACAGAUGCGACAGGAUAUUAGUGGAGUAGAGGAAAAGUUAGGCAAAGUAGGAGAAGGAUGUGGGAGAAAUGUGUUGGUUGGAAUGGUUGGCGGAUUGGGAAAAUUACAGGGAGAAAUGAAGAAUGGAAAGAAGGGCGAGGAAAUGCGGGUUGUGGCUAAGAUGAAGGUAUUGGGUAUGUGUGGGAUUGUGGUUGGGAAGCUCUUGAGGAGACCAGGGCGAAUGGAUGGGGAUGGUGGGAGAGGGAAGGAAUUAGUAGUUGCUGCGAAAGUCUUAGUUUUGAGCCGAUUGUUGGCGAAGAGCUUGGAGAAUACUGGAGAUAAGGAAUUCGUUGAAGAAGCGAAGAAGAAGAGGUCGGCUUUGACGAAGCGAUUGUUACGCGCAGUUGAAAAGACAUUGGUUUCCGUCAAGGAUGCUGAAGAUAGAGACGAUUUGGUACAGACACUUUGUGCAUACAGUCUAGCUACUAGUUCUGGCACCAAAGACGUCUUGCGACAUUUCUUAAAUGUUCGUGGUGAAGCAAUGGCUUUAGCGUUUGACGAUGAAGAGGAGUCGAACAAGCAGACCUCAGGUGUCCUACGCGCUUUGGAAAUAUAUACGAGAACUUUACUAGAUGUACAGGCUCUAGUGCCAAGGAGGCUGAGCGAAGCGUUGGCUGUGCUGAAGACGAAACCUUUACUGAAAGAUGACAGCAUUCGGGAAAUGGAGGGAUUGAGGUUGGAUGUAUGUGAGCGGUGGUUUGGCGAUGAGAUUAUUUACUUCACACCUUAUGUCCGGCAUGAUGAUUUGGAAGGGUCAUUGGCGGUUGAAACACUACGAGGUUGGGCGAAGAAAGCGUCAGAAGUGUUACUGGAAGGUUUUACGAAGACUCUUCAAGGGGGAUUAGACUUUAAAGUAGUUGUUGAACUACGAACAAAGAUUCUGGAGGUGUGGGUUAGAGAUGGAGGCAAAGCAAGGGGAUUCGAUCCCUCUAUACUUCUAAAUGGCUUACGAGACGUUAUAAACAAACGACUCGUAGAGUUAUUAGAAACUAGAGUUGGCAAACUUCAUCUAGUGGGGACAGAGAUAGAGUCCACAUUAGCAACAUGGCAAGAAGGAAUCACCGACAUACAUGCAAGUCUUUGGGACGAAGAUAUGAUGGCAACCGAGCUCAGCAAUGGUGGUAACAUUUUCAAGCAAGACAUACUUGCUCGCACGUUCGGACGGAACGAUGCUGUUUCAAGAGUUGUUAACAGUUUUCACACUUGGAGACAUCUCAUCGAGGAAAUUGGUACUUAUAUUGAUGAACUGAAGAAACAAAGAUGGGAUGAUGAUUUGGAAGAUAUGGAAGAUGAUGAAAGUCUCGAAUCACGACAAAACCUUCUUAGCAAGGAAGAUCCACAAAUGCUACAAGAUCAUCUCGAUUCAAGCUUAGAAAAUUCGUUCCAGGAGUUACACGCAAAGAUCACUUCACUGGUGGACCAGCAAAAAGAUAGUAAACAUAUCGGGAAAAUAUCGAUAUAUAUUCUCCGAAUUCUACGAGAUAUCAGAGCAGAAUUACCUAGUAACCCUGCACUACAAAAGUUUGGACUCUCACUUGUCUCAUCACUGCACGAAAAUCUCGCAGGUAUGGUCUCAGAAAACGCCAUCUUAGCCCUUGCAAAAUCUCUCAAGAAGAAGAAGGUUGCGGGCAGAGCAUUAUGGGAGGGUACACCGGAACUUCCUGUUCAGCCCUCCCCAGCAACAUUCAAAUUUUUGAGAGGUUUAUCGACUGCUAUGGCUGAUGCUGGAGCCGAUCUAUGGAGCCCUGUUGCCGUCAAAGUGUUGAAAGCGCGUCUGGACACCCAAGUUGAAGACCAAUGGAGUAAGGCUCUAAAAGAAAAAGAGGAAGAGCCUAGCAAUGGAAUCUCUGGUUCUCCCACCAAUGCUCCCGAAGCAGAUGCCGAGGAAAAAGAAGGGGACGCUUCUGCUCCUAAUCCUGCUGCUGCUGUAGAAGUAGAUGAAGAAAAACAAAAGGAUUUACUAAAGCAAUCACUGUUCGAUAUAUCUGUCUUGCAGCAAGCUUUAGAAUCACAGUCAGACAAUAAGGAGAACAAACUUAAGAACUUAGCGGAUGAGGUGGGAGGAAAACUAGAUCUCGAGGCGAGGGAAAGGAAACGUAUGGUUAAUGGCGCGGCGGAGUAUUGGAAGAGGUGCAGUCUUUUGUUUGGACUUUUAGCGUAGAUUCCAGAUGGAUGAAUUAGUGAGAGGCUUAUAAUGAAUUAUAUUACGAAUACUUUACUUUUGAGUAUUCA